UAUUUUUGCAACUUUUCAAGUUAAAAAAGAUUUCAAAAAUGGCUCAUAGGAUGUCGGGAUAUUUGAUGAGAUCAAUGAUGCAACAAAGGAAUAUAUCAUUCUCCUCAUCUUCCUCGUCCUCCACUCCCAAAUCUAAGUGGGCAUUGAAAGCCGAAAUGGCUCCCUUAUACCUAUUGGUGGGAUUUACGGUGUUAGCAGCAAGCAUAGCCUCACACACAGCAUAUCAACAAUUGAGGUACAAUCCUAAUGUUUACUUCAGUAAGAAGAAAAGAGCCACUAUUGAGGAAGCUGAAAACCCCAUGAAUGCUGUUAAUCAUGGCGGUAAAUUUGUAGAUAAGUCUUUCUUAAGGAAGGUUGCUCAUAUUCAAGAAAAAGGCAAAGAGACCAUUCCAAAUCCUGUUAACGGCAACAUUUACACCAGGUCUAGACAUGCAGAGACUUUGCAGUCGAUCAAGUGAUUUAAUUCGAUGCUACUACAAGCACUUGAUUAUAUGUGGAGUAUUUUUGUUUGUAAAUUAUAACAUGGAAGAACUAAGGAAAAGAAAAACAAAUUGCAUUUUCUUUCCUUUGAAAACUUCUAUGUUAUUAUUAUUUUUUUCUUAAAAUAUACAUAUACCCAUCAAUUAGUUUUUAUCCUUUAUUUUUUUCAUAAUUUUUAUCAUAUAUUGUCUUUUAACGUCAAUUUUAAGCUAUUUUGUUGAUAAAUUUAUAUU